GACAGCAAACAGCUGCAAACUGUCAAAUACACUAACAAUUAUGCAGGUGAAACUGAGAAAUAUACCAAUACUUUAUCUCAAUCGGUAACAUGCAUAGCCUGCGAUGGCGUUGAGAACUAUCCUAACUUUGAAGGCUACUGUCACUUGCACACCAACACGGCAUUGUUCAUGGUGAGCAUCCAGCUUCAUCUACAGGAACAUUUAAUGUACUAUCAUCUAUCCGUCUGCAACUACGACGAAGCGAAAAAGGUAUUUGAUACCAUGAAACAAUCGACUUCAAGAUAUGACGUUACCGCGCUUACAUUGACGAUGAGACUGUCAUCGGCCAUGUAUCUGCAAUCUGUAGGAGACUUCACGGCAGCGCAAAAGGAAUACGAAUACUUACUGCAGCGCACCGAGAACGAUUUCUGGUGCAAGUUCCCAGACAAGGCUUCCAUCAUAUCAUUUUGCCUAUUUCUUAUGCAACCUUUUGAAAAACAGCUAAACACCACUGAGAUGGAAUCUUUGAUAGGCACUUUGAAGUCACAUAUCAAAAUUUCUGACAACUCAAAAGACGCACUCAACUGCAUUCUCUGCAUUUCGAAUAGUUUGGAUAGCUUGCAAACAGGUACUAUUGUUGACGUGAAACGCUAUGUCCUAGAAGCUUUACGGACCGCUUCGGCCCUUGGCAAUAUGCAACUGAAAGCCUUAGUCCUCACCGUCCUUGGACUGAUAUUUCACGCAACUCAGCAUGAACAAAGCUCCAAGAUGCUUACAUCCGCACAUAAUAUCAAUGAAAAAAUUAACAACAAACAUGCAAUUCGUAUUAUUAAGGAAGCGCUACAAGGUAGGGCAUGUUGUAUAUAUGAGCUCCCCUCUAUAAGCCCCUGUUGACUAACAAUGCCUCAAAUCAAAAACAAAACAAACAACAAUGUUCGUAGGUCUAGACAACGUCAAGUAGCAUGAAUCUGAUCGAUAAUGAUAAUGAGUAAUAAAGAAUGCGAAACGAUG